AUGGUUGAGUCAAACAAGAAACGGCGCAUCUCAGAUGAGAGUCCCGUCCAGGACACUGACGCCAAAAUGGAAGAGAUCACCAAAACCGACAACCCAGAUGCCUCGACCACCAAGCAGCCUAAAAGAACUCUUUUUGUUCGAUCGCUACCAACCUCCGCUACUACAGAGAGCCUGGCCGAAUUCUUCUCACAGUCCUACGUGAUCAAACAUGCCACUGCCGUCAUCGAUCCCAAGACGAAGCUGUGCAAAGGAUACGGUUUCGUCACAUUCGCCGAUCUCGAGGAUGCCGAGAGUGCCUUGAAGGAGCUGAACGGAUCCAAGUUGGACGGAAAGCAAAUUCGGGUCGACUACGCCCAGGCACGUCAACGUGAGAUCGACGAGAAGCUUGGAAAGAGUGUUCCCUCCGCUGCUGGUAUCAAACAGAAGCAGGAUCGGGAGGACCAGAACGCCCGGAAUCAGCCACCGAAACUGAUCGUCCGCAAUUUGCCAUGGAGCAUCAAGACUUCUGAUGAUUUGGCUCUUCUUUUCCGCAGUUUCGGAAAGGUCAAGUUUGCAACCCUCCCCAAGCGCGGAAACACGCUCGCUGGUUUCGGUUUCGUCAUUAUCCGAGGCAAGAAGAAUGCGGAGAAGGCGCUCCGGGAUGUGAACGGGAAGGAGAUCGAUGGUCGUACGUUGGCUGUUGAUUGGGCUGUCGACAAGGAUGUCUGGGAGACCCAGAAGAAGGAUGAGGAGGAGGAAGAGAAGGAGAAGGAAGACAAAGAUGUGGACAUGGAAGACAAGGAGGAUUCUGUGGAAGAGAACCCCGAGGAUGUAACCUCAUCGGAGGGAGAAGAUGAUGAUGAUGAAGAUGAGGACGAGGACGAAGACGAGGAUAUGGAAGGCUUGGAGGAUCUGGAGGACCAAGAGGAAGAAAAGAAGGAAGACGACCGAGACGCAUGUACGAUCUUCCUUCGCAACCUUCCCUUCACCUGCGACGACGAGGCACUCUACGAACACUUCAAACAAUUCGGACCUUUGCGCUAUGCUCGCAUUGUCAUGGAUCACGAAACUGAACGACCUCGUGGUACCGGAUUCGUGUGUUUCUGGAAGCCCGAAGACGCAUGGGCCUGUAUCCGCGAAGCCCCCAAGACGACCGAGAUGCCUGUCGGUGACAAACAGCGCCCUAAUCCAGCAAUGAAGCAUUCCGUCCUGCAAAACGACAACGCCGACCCUAGCGGACGGUACACCCUGGACGGCCGAGUUCUCCAAGUUGCUCGUGCUGUCAACAAGCGCGAGGCUACAAAGCUGGAAGAAGAGGGCGUGUCUCGCCGUCUGGUGCGUGACAAGGAUAAGCGCCGUCUCUACCUGCUGAACGAGGGUACUAUUCCCUCGAACUCUCCGCUGUACAAGAAGUUGUCUCCCUCCGAAAUCAAGAUGCGCGAGGAGAGCUACAAGCAGCGCGAGGCCGUCAUCAAGAAGAACCCUGCUCUGCACCUGAGUCUUACUCGACUUUCUAUUCGCAACAUCCCCCGCCACAUCACCUCCAAGGACCUGAAGCAACUUGCUCGUCAAGCUGUCGUUGGUUUCGCGACAGAUGUCAAGGCCGAAAAGCGCCAGCCUCUUUCCAAGGAAGAGCAGCAACGAUCCAGAGAGACCAUGAAGGAACUCGACUACCAAAGAAAGGCCAACAAGCAAGGUAUUGUCCGACAGGCUAAGAUUGUCUACGAGACUCGCGAGGGUACCAAGGUCCCCGAGAAGGGCGGUGGCGGUCGCAGCCGUGGUUACGGUUUCAUCGAAUACCACAACCACCGACACGCGCUCAUGGGUCUUCGCUGGCUCAACUGCCACGCCGUGGAAAUCCCCGCCAACCCCGAUAAUGAGGAGCGGGACAAGAAGAAGCGGCUGAUCGUCGAAUUUGCCAUUGACAACGCGCAGGUCAUCAAGCGCCGCGAGGAAUUGCAAGCCAGGGAAAAGGAAAAGGCCAUGGAGGGCCCGAAGCCCGAGGAGGAAGUUAAGGAGGAUAACGAUAAGAAGGGCACGAAGCGGAAGCACUCGCAAACUCGCGGUGGCAAGGGCAAGGGCAAGGAUGCCGAGAACCAGGAUGAGGAGGACGAGGAGGAGAACAAGAUUGCCAAACGCAACCGCAUUAUCGCUAAAAAGCGCAUGCAACGGAAGGGCCGCAAGGGCCGGUCGUGA